AUGUCGGACCCCAAUGUCGAAAAGGAGGCUGGCUCGACCAACGAGAAGGUCGAGGACCACGUCCCUAUUGAUCUCCCGGAGCCCGAAAAGAAAAAGAGAGUGUAUAAGGAAUUCGGUCAAGAAAAGGUGGAUGCUACUCAUGCUAAGGUGGACAUGUCCACGAUCCAAUUACGGGCCGAGGACUUGUACGACAAGGAGAAAGUCGAUCUUGAGACAAUCAUCGUGGAGGAUGUAUUCAAGCUCCUCCAGUGCGACGACAAUGGGUUGACGACGGAGGAGGCUCAGCGCCGUCUCGAGCUGUUCGGUCCCAACAGGCUCGAGUCGGAGGAGCAGAAUGCGUUCCUCCAGUUUCUGAGUUUCAUGUGGAACCCGUUGUCCUGGGUCAUGGAGGCUGCCGCCUUGGUUGCCAUCGCUCUUUCGAACGGUGAGCACCAGCCUCCCGACUGGCAAGAUUUCGUCGGUAUCGUCCUGUUGCUUUUGGUCAACUCAGCCAUCGGUUUCUACGAGGAGCGUAACGCCGGUAACGCCGUGAAGGCUCUCAUGGAUUCUCUCGCCCCCAAGGCGAAGGUCAAGCGGGAUGGUACCUGGCAGGAGAUCGAGUCCGCUGGACUCGUUCCGGGUGAUAUGGUUUCGUUUAAGCUUGGUGACAUUGUACCCGCGGAUAGUCGUCUGACGGAGGCCAUCAAUGUCUCCAUCGAUCAAGCCGCUCUCACCGGCGAGUCGCUGCCUCAGAGUAAGAAGACCGGCGACCAGUGCUUUUCGGGUUCCACGUGUAAGCAGGGCGAGGCCGAAGGUGUGGUCAUCUCGACCGGUCCCAACACCUUCUUCGGUCGCGCGGCGUCGCUCGUUGGCCAGGACGACGACACUACCGGACACCUGCAGAAGAUUCUUGCCCAGAUCGGAUCAUUCUGUCUUGUCGUCAUUGGCAUCUUCGUACUCGCCGAGAUUUUCUGCUUGUACGCCGGCUUCCGUUUCCAGUACCGUCGUGGUCUCAACAACAUCUUGGUGCUCUUGAUCGGUGGAAUCCCGAUUGCGAUGCCUACGGUGUUGUCGGUCACCCUCGCUGUCGGUGCUCAGCAGCUUGCGAAGUACAAGGCCAUCGUUACCCGUAUCACCGCGAUCGAAGAACUGGCCGCCGUCACCAUCUUGUGCUCCGACAAGACGGGUACCCUCACUACCAAUAAGCUGACCAUUGAUCGAGAGACCAUUCGUACCUACGGUCCUUUCUCCGCCGAGGACGUCAUUCUACUGUCGUCGUACGCGUCACGCACGGAGAACCAGGACGCCAUCGACACUUGCGUCGUCUUCGCUAUUGGCGAUCCAGCUCGCGCUCGCGCUGGUAUCAAGCUCCUCGACUUCAAGCCAUUCAAUCCCGUCGACAAACGUACCGAGAUCACGUACCGCGAGGAGUCGUCGGGCAAGCUCAAGCGUGUCACCAAGGGUAUGACUGGCAUCAUCAUCGAACUUUGCACGCGUAACAAGACGGAUGAUCUUGAGGCCAGGCUGGAGGCCGACGUUGAGGAGCUGGCUGGCCGUGGUCUUCGUACCCUGGCGGUCGCGUAUGAGGAGGUGGAUGGCGAUGACCCCGAGGGUGAGGGUAACGGCUUCGAGCUCAUUGGUCUACUCCCCAUUUUCGACCCUCCUCGCGAGGACACAAAGCAAACCAUUGACGACGCCAUUGCACUCGGUGUCCGUGUCAAGAUGGUUACCGGUGACCAGCUCGCCAUCGCGAAGGAGACUGGCCGUCGUCUCGGUCUCGGUGACCAUAUGUAUCCCGCUCAGGUUCUUAAGGACGGCCCCGCACCUGGUAGCAAGCAUGCCUCUCUGGACCAAAUGAUCUUGGAUGCUGACGGUUUCGCUGGGGUCUUCCCCGAGCACAAGUACGAAAUCGUCAAGCGCCUCCAAGGCCUUGGCCACCUGUGCGCCAUGACCGGUGACGGUGCCAAUGACGCUCCCGCUUUGUCUCGCGCUAACGUCGGUAUUGCUGUCGAGGGUGCCACCGACGCAGCUCGCGGUGCGGCUGACAUUGUCUUGACGGAGCCCGGUUUGUCCACCAUCGUCCACGCCAUCCGCGGUUCGCGUGUCAUUUUCCAACGUAUGCGGAAUUAUUCGAUCUAUGCGUGCGCUGUCACCAUUCGUAUCGUGGUAUGUUUCGCGAUUCUCGCCUUCGCGUUCAAGUUCGACUUCCCACCGUUCAUGAUUCUGAUCAUCGCCCUUCUCAAUGACGGUACCAUCAUGACGUUGUCUGUCGACCGUGUCCUCCCUUCGAACACUCCGGACAGUUGGAACUUGAUCGAAAUUUUCGCGUACGCCAUCGCCUACGGUCUGUACCUCACGCUCUCGACCAUCGCUCUCGUUGCUAUUUGUCUUCGCACAACAUGGUUCUUCGAUAAGUUCGGUGUUCACUUCAUGAACAACUCCAUCACGCCAGUGACCCACAACGACCCAGUCCUCCACGCGAUCGUGUACCUGCAAGUCGCCAUUAUCUCGCAGGCUCUGAUCUUCGUUACGCGGUCACAUAGCUUCUUUUUCAUGGAGCGCCCAUCGUUUGCCCUUAUGGGAGCGUUCUGUGUUGCUCAACUCGUAUCCACCAUCAUUGCCGUGUAUGGGGACUGGGGCUUCACUCAGAUUCACGGUAUUUCAGCCGGCUGGGUUGGUAUUGUCUGGGUUUGGGACAUUCUCUGGUUCCUUCCCCUAGACUGGAUCAAGUUCGCGAUGAAGGCGACGGUUAUCAAGCGCAUCCGCGCUCGUCAUGAACGUAAGCUUGCCGAGGAGACUCAAGCCGCUGCGUUGGCCGGUGUCCCCAUCACUCGCACCCAAUCUCGCGCUGCCUCUGUCCACGAAUCUCUGUACUCGAACCGUGUAUCGUUCAUCCGUCGCGCUGCCCGCAAGGUCGGCUUCGGCCAGAAGGUUUCCAUGAAGCCGGACGAGCUCCAGCGCUUUAGCUCCAUCCAGGCUCAGCGCGCUGGUGCCACUCUCGCACGCAACCCAUCCCGUACUGCUGCAUAG